GGUUCAUCAGGGAAAUGGUGGGCUCUGAUUGGCCCAACACACUAAUCACCCAGCCUGUUUGUGUGUGACCAGAACUCUGUUUGGCAGUGGUUUUGACAGUGAUGAAGAGCUGCCCCCGCCCUUCCUCAGCACCACCCAACCUGCGUACAGCCUGCCAGGCUCUGACGGAUACUCCAGCCACGUGGAGUCUGAUGUGUUCAGCGAUGGUCAGACUCAGAGAGGGGUGGAUCGCUACCUGGACAGCCUCUUCAACCCUGUGUUAUCAGACGGCAGCACGGACCUGGACAAGCCAGCCAGUAUGACAGGCCGGAUGAAGGGAGGAGGAGGAAUAGGAGGAGGAGAGGAGGAGAGGGGUAAGGCCCCCUCCAGCAGACCAUAUCCAGCAGGACUACAGCCCGGAGGUUCUCCAGAACAGACAGGGAUGUCUCAGCAGCAACAGACCAUCAUCAACCAGCAAGCCAUCAUACUGGCCCAGCAGAUGACCAUGCAGGCCAUGGCUUUCCAGCAGCAGAUGUUGUCUUCCUUCCCCCUCGCCCCCCAGGCCCCUCCCACACAACCAAGCCCCCGCACCUCCAGCCAUUGUUAA